AUGGCGAGCGAGCGGCUCCGCAGCGCGCAGGACCUGCUGGACCUCACCUUCCAGUCGCUGGCCAUGCAGCACAUGGACCUGAAGCAGGUGGAGCUGGACACGGCCGUGGCCAAGGUGGAUGAGCUGUCCCGGCAGCUCGAGUCGCUCUGGACGGACGGGCCAGGGCCCCCCAAGGUGGGAUUGGGGGAUGACCUGGUGAUCAAACGGAGACCCCAAAAGAGCUGGAACGAGUCCGACCUGGACGUGGCUUACGAGAAGAAGCCCCCCAGCUCGGGGGGCUACGACCGACGGCUCUUUCGGGGUCAGCAGCGACCCUCCCCGCAAUUACAAGUGUCGCCGCUGGCCGGAGGGGAGGGGGCGGCGGGGGCGCCAGGAGGCUUUUCCGACGCCCCCGCCCCCCGGCAGGCCGGGGUCGCUGCCGAGGGGUGGCACCUGUCCCAGCAGCCCGUGUCCCGCAUCCCGGUGCCCCCCAGGCUGGAGACCCUGCCACAGACCCCUCCCCUCUCCAUGAUCUUCAAGCUCCAAAACGCUUUUUGGGAGCAGGGGGGCGGGGGCGGGCGCCCCCCCGCCCUGCGCCCCCGACCCCUGCCCGCCGAGGCCGAGCCGGAGCUGGAGCGGCUCCUGCAGAGCGCCGAGGCCGAGGGGCUCGAGAGACCCCUGAGCCCCACGCGGCUGCAGCCCCUGCUGCCCCCCGAGGCCCAGCGGGUCCUGCCCGAGUUCGAGGAGGUCGCCCGGGUCCUGGCCGAGAUGCCGCGACCCCUCAAGCGCCGGGGGUCGAUGGAGCAGAGCCCCGGGCCGGCGCUGCCCCCCAGCCGCACCCGGCAGUACCAGCAGCUCAUCACGCGGCUCCUGCACCGCCCCGCCCGCCGGGAAGACCCCCCGAGCGCCGGGGAGCCCUCGCCGGAGGGGCCGACCCCUGUCCCGGUGGUCCCCGAGGCGCGGCCGCCCCGGCAGAGCCCCCCCGAGCCGCCGUCACCCGGCGGAGCCGCCCCCGCCGCGGAGCUCCGCUCGGCCCUGCGAGACCCCUCCUCCCCGCGCCGCCGCCCCGGGGCCCGGGUGCGCCUCAACCCCCUGGUGCUGCUGCUCGACGCGGCGCUCACCGGGGAGCUCGACGUGGUGCAGCAGGCGGUGGCAGAGCUGAACGACCCCAGCCAGCCCAACGACGAGGGGAUCACGGCCCUGCACAACGCCAUCUGCGGUGCCAACUACGCCAUCGUCGACUUCCUCAUCGCCAGCGGCGCCGACGUCAACUCCCCCGACAGCCACGGCUGGACCCCCCUGCACUGCGCGGCCUCGUGCAACGACACGGGCGUGUGCGUGGCCCUGGUGCGGCACGGCGCGGCCAUCUACGCCAGCACCGGCUCCGACGGCUCCCUGGCCGUGGAGAAAUGCGACCCGUACCGCGAGGGCUACGGGGAGUGCACCACGUACCUCACUGAGGUGGAGCAGGGCAUGGGGGUGCUGAACAGCGGCGUGGUGUACGCGCUGUGGGAUUACAGCGCCGAGUUCGGGGACGAGCUGUCGUUCCGGGAGGGCGAGCCCGUCACCGUCCUGCGCCGGCAGCCCCCCGAGGAGCUCGACUGGUGGUGGGGGUCCCUCUACGGCCACGAGGGAUACGUGCCCAGAAACUACUUCGGGCUCUUCCCUCGGGUGCGACCGCAGCGCAAGAAAGUCUGAGGGGGGGCCCUGAGGAUUUUGGGGGGGAUGGUCCUGAGACCCCCCCUCUCAGCAGCCCCUCGGACACAUCCGUCCCUCCCCCA